CGUAAAUAUUUUGACACUUAAGUUGUCGUACGUUUUCCACGCUCGACUAUUUUUGUGAAGAUUUGUAAUCAUUAUUGUUUUGGAAGCCACGACGACCGGUGCCUUAGAGAAAACAGCUGGCCAGUCAUAUUUUGUGUUUUGCGACUACCUACAUAAAAAAGUAACCGACUUUUCAUUUGAAUCUCGAAGGUUCUUCAGCAUAUCAAGAUGACUCUGGGGCCGUACAACAGACACCAAUCCGAUAGGAAAAAGCAAGCAGCCUUGGCCGCGGCAUUCCCUCAAGGCAUCAAAUGCCAGAAGUGCCUUGAGUUUGGUCACUGGAGUUACGAGUGCAAAGGAAAACGCAAGAUUCUCGUUCGCCCGUCGCGUACCCAGGUCCUCAAGAAGAACUUGAAGGCUAAGGAAGCUAAAGAGGAACCACAAUGCAGUGGUGGAAGUUGCAAAAUUCCAAGCAAGAAAAAGAAGCGCAAUGACUCCAGCUGCUCAGACUGCUCUGACAGCUCCUCAGACAACUCUGACUCCUCAAGCUCCAGCUCCAGUUCUUCAGACAGUGACAGCAGCAGCGACUCGGAGAGUGACAGCGACAGCAGCAACUCAGGCUCGGGGAGUGAUGCAUAAAUAAGCUCAUGGUAAUUGUAAGACCUUCUCACAGUAAAGGUUUUAUUAGCAUUCAAUUUCUAAAUCAGUUGGGUUAGAAAGGUGUCCAGUGUCAAUUUUCUGUAGGUUAUUGAGCUUUCUAUGCCAAACUGUUAAAUAUUAUCUUUAUCUUGAGACAGAAUGGAAGGUACUCACUUGUUUUUGAUGUUAUAAAAUAAGAGAUCAAGGGUCAAAUUGUAGAGAAGAGAAAUAUCAGCUUUAGAUGAUAUGUAUUAUAACUACUACUUUGUGCUUGUUUUCAAAGUGAUCAGAAUACAUGAGCCUUUCACAUAAACACUUACUGUGAGAUAGGAGGUAAGCAGUAACAAUGCUGGUCAUUUUAUUUAAAAGAUUAUUUUUUGUAUAAAAGGUGGUUUAGACAUUUCAUUUUGCUGACACCAGCCUCCUGAGAUUGUGUUGUUUUGUGCCAGCCAGUGCUAUAAUUGUAUAGAAUUAAAUGUCAACAAUAUAAAAAAAUGUUAUCUACCUCUCUAUCACACAUUUGUGUGAUGUAGAGGCAGAUAACGAUUUUUUGGUGUUAGUAAUAGGUGCUUCAGGACUAUAUUCAUACCUUUAACCACUACUCGCAUCUUUAGACCUGGCUUGCCAGUAACUGGUAUAGUCUAAACCCACUUAAUUUGAUUGAUAACUUUUUGUGUGAUUUGAUUUUUAUUUAAUUAUUUACAAUGCUAGACUUAGUUUAUGAAUGUGUAGUCUCUUACUUGUGAUGUCUGUUACCUAAUUGCUAAUAAACAAUUAAAUUGUAACUUCAGUGAGUUAGUUUGUGUAAUGAAGAUAUUGUUGAAACAUUGUAAUUUGUUUAUUGGUGAUAAGGGUAAUUUUAUAAAAAGGAUUUUAACUUAUUAGAGUAAGAUUAUUGAAGAUACUAUGUUUAGAUCCCCUGAGAUAUUUGCAUGGGUAAUUUUAGUUUUUGAUUAGGUCAAAGGCCAAACGGUUUAGAUAAUUGAACAAAACACAAGUCCAUGGUAUAUAGAAUUACCCAUGUAACUUGAUAGAUGCGUUUAUAGCAGUUUAUACUCUUGGCGUCUGGUGGAGAUCUAUGCUGGCGUAGGAUAUUAUAGAAUAAAAAUAUAAUCUUA